AUGGUAUACGACAUUGGCGCCAGGCUUUGUUUGCUCUUGGGAGGAUUUGACAAGCAGCAUAAAGAAAGAAUUACCAGCACUCAACUCAAUAACACUCGCCAAAAACAUGGUGAGGAUCCCGUGGACUUUGUCCACAGGUUCCGGUACCUAGCGUUAGAUUGCUACGAUGAGAAAGAUGAGGAGGCGCUUGUCGAAAUUUGCAUCAGCAAUAUUGUGGCAAAUUAUAGAGUUUAUUUGGAGAAUAUUGGCAUCAGCCAAUUUUCUUGGCUGCUAAAAGCAGUGAGGAAAACAAGCAUUUCUGUUAAACUAAAUGGGCAUGAAGCUUGGAAGAGUGAAGAGGAAGAGUAUCACUUGGGGGCUUCAUUUGGUCAACAAGAUUAUCGAGAAACAGCUGUUGUAACCUCUUAUAAGAGCUGCAAAUCACUCUCUGAUUAA